UCCUAAUUAUUUUUUUUUAGAAAAAAUACCUCAGCCACUUUAUUGAAGAUGGCAUUUAAUAAAGCCGGAACAUUUUUCCUAAAACAAAACUCAGGAGGGCAGAACAGAGUAAUAGGACUCAAAAUAAAGCUAAAGUGUAUAUAUUAUAUAUGGAAAAAGAGGGAAUAAAAUCUGAAAACCUCUGCUGUAGCAGUUCAUUCGGUCCGUGUGAACUUGGAAAAUGCCAGUUCCAUGUUGGGAUUGCUUUCAAAUGAGUUUUUCAGGAGAUUCCAAUUCACUUCUCUUUAAAAUCCCAUCACAGUUGUAUUCAAAAUCCCAUAAAAAACUAGUACGAAGAUGGCGAACAUGGCCGAAACCACGUCGGCUUGGAACACGACGGGCCUGCACGUUCACCGGAAAUCCUUGCUACACAUGAGCUUCUAUUGGGGUCAUAAAUCCGAAAUCCUUUUCUCAGGUUGGCCCGGUUGUAAUUCGGGCAUGUACGCAUUAGCCUUGAUCUUGGUAUUUGCACUAGCCAUGAUCGUGGAAUGGCUCUCUUAUUGCAGCAUCAUCAAGCCCGGAGCUAAUAAAGUCGCCGCCGGGUUCUUCCAGACCGCGAUGCACACGGUGCGAGCCGGGUUGAGUUACAUGGUGAUGUUGGCCGUCAUGUCGUUUAAUGGCGGCGUUUUUCUUGCCGCCGUUUUCGGACAUGCGAUCGGGUUCUUGGUUUUCGGGAGUAAAGCUUUUAGAAAAGCUGAAAAAGUGCCUGACCUUCCUCCUAGGAAGUAGGGAAAUGAAAUGAUGAGUUUAUUUUCAAGUCUGAUACAAGUUUGCUCUCAAUUUUAAGUACUGAUUUGCUUGAAGUGUUUUUUGGUUAAUAGUUUUUUGUUUUCA